AUGAGUAUUCUCAGGUUAUUGAUUCUUUUUUUUACCAUUUCUUCUACGCACGUUAUACGCUAUGAUUAUCAUGGUCAUGAUACAAAGGUUUUAUUACAACAAAAUUCAGCUCUAGCUUUGGAAGCGGCAAUACCAGAAAUCAUAUCUUUACCUAUAGAAUUUCCUAAUGUUACAAAUAGUAGUCAGCUUAUCUCUAUUGACAUUAGUGAUGAAACGCCGGUAAGGGAUUUAUUAAUUGAGAUAGGAAAAUUUCUGAUAUUAAUUUAGAUAUAGAUCCCAAAAUAUCCGGCAAUAUUAUCUUAAAGUUAAAAGAUAAGAGCGUAAAUGAAGUAAUUCAAAACAUAGCUCAAAGUGCUAAACUACGCUAUUCAAUGGAUAAUGAUGUAAUUAGGGUUGAGCAAAAUUUACCAUACUUACAAAACUAUUAUGUUGACUUCGUCAAUAUCCAAUGGUCUGCUCACAGCAGUUUUGUCCUUAGUGAUAAUAUUAUUAACAGCAAUGGAAAUUCUACUAACGUGGGCUCAACCAAUGCGAUAAAAUCGCAAUAUAGUAGCGAUCUAUGGGGUUCGCUAGAGAAGGGCUUAAAUAUGAUAAUGGACGUUAAUGGGAUAAACGAUGGUGAAUUUCUUUAUUCCAACAGGGAAACUGGUAUAAUCAUUUUAAAUGCUAGAAAAGAUAUCCACAAGGCUAUUGAAGAAUACAUCCAUAAAGUUAAAAGAUUAGCACCUUUACAGGUAAUGAUAGAAGCAAAGGUAGUGGAGGUUGUAUUAAAUGAUCAAUACCCUUCUAGUAUUAACUUCAAUGAUUUGCAUAGUAAUCAAGAAAAUCCUACUACACGCCUGAGUUUUAGUGAUUUAGAAGAUUUAAUAAAAAGUUUAGACAAAUUUGGUACUUCGUCAGUAAUAUCAAGCGCUAGAGUACAUGCUACAAAUAAUCAGCAGGCGAUGAUCUCAUUUGCUGAAAACCACGUUUAUUUCACUGUUGAUGCAAAAACAGUCCCCGAUAAGACUUUAAUUACCAAAAUCAAGAGUGUUCCAAUAGGUGUUAUGCUAGUAAUUCAUCCAAUCAUCAAUAUUGAUGCUAAUGAAAUAUUUAUGGAUGUAAGUCCAACUUUAUCAAGAAUCAAUGGUUAUACUAAAGACCCAGGAAUAGAAUAUAUUGCACAGCGAAGUAAAAUAAAAUUAAACAGCAAUGUUCCACUUAUUGAGAUAAGAGAGAUGAGUUCUAUAUUAAAAAUUAAGAGUGGUGAAAUUAUGGUUAUUGGUGGUUUUAUAGAACGUAGAGAGGAUGCGCAGGGUUUGCGAGUCAAAAGAAAGCCUUUUAGUAACAUUGGGGCCGUGGAAACCGUUGUAUUUUUAAAAGCAACAAUUGUUCCUUCAUUUGGUUUUUUGAGCAAAAAAAAAGAUAAGCACCAUAUACGCUAA